CCCAACUCUGCCCACCAUUUCUCUAUCUCUCUCUCUCUCUCCCUCUCUCUCUCCCUCUCUCCCCAAGACUCCAACAACAUCACAAAAACUUGUUAGAGAAACGAUGAAGCUGGUUUGGUCUCCAGAAACAGCUUCAAAAGCUUACACAGACACUGUGAAAUCAUGUCGAAAUUUCAAAGAAUCGGGCGUACCAGAGUUCCUAUCAGCCAUGGCGGCAGGCUGGAACACAAAGCUGAUCGUGGAGUCAUGGUCAUACGGUAGUCCCAUAGCUACCAGCGUCGGCCUUGCCAUUGCAGCUCAUCACACGAGCGGUAGGCACGUGUGCAUCGUUCCGGAUGAACGGUCGAGAUCAUGUUACGCCGAGGCCAUGAAGGGAGCUGGGAUAUCAUCAUUCACGGCGGUGAUCGUCGGCAAAGCCCAAGAAGCGAUGGAAGGGCUGGUGGGUGUUGACUUUCUUGUUGUUGACUCAAAGCAGAAGGACUUCGCUAGGGUUUUAAGGUUUGCUAAACUGGGCAAUAAGGGUGCAGUUUUGGCAUGCAAGAAUGCAUGUCGGAGGGCCAUUUCUGGGUUUAGAUGGCAUUGGGUGCUUGAAAGAGGGACACGCGUCGUGAGAUCUGUGCACCUACCCGUGGGGCAAGGAUUAGAUAUUGCUCAUAUAGAGGCUGAUGCUGUAGUUGUGGGUUCAACGAAGAAUUCUAGCCUUUGGAUCAAGCAUAUCGACCAACAAUCAGGAGAGGAGCAUUUUUUCCGAGGCUAA